CUGUGCGCGCGCUGUGGCGUGCCUGUUUUCUGGGCGAGCAGGAAACGACGUGACCCUUUUCUAGCUCAGUACAUGCAGGCAGUAGUGUUGUCAGUUUUAUUUUGUUGUCAUUCGCCAUAGCCCGCUUUACCCUAGCACUAAGCACCAGAAGAGCCAGAAGGAAGGUGUCGAUCACUAGUGGACACAUUUGUACUAAAAUAAUAGCAGCUUCUCGGUGAUAUGCAAAGUCAGUGAUCGCUCUAGCGCAGGAAACUGGAGCUGGGGAAAUCGUUUAGUGCCCCUGCAGUCUUGUACUUGUAGAAGGUGUUGGCUCCAUUAUUUUUCUGCGUUCGUCGAGAAUUAGCACUGAUCAGUGAUAAGCUUCCGCGGCCGCGAGCAGCAGGUGUUGGUGUGAGUGCCGGAGAGAGGUUCGCUAGGCAGCGUGCUGUGAUCAUCUCCAGCGCGGUGGUGGACGGUGAAUUCUCGUGGAGUGCACUGGACGCUGCGGGGGCAAGAUGGCUUACCACCACGACCCCAUGUCGUCCGUAUUCACAAGCCAGACAUCAGGAAUGUCUUCCAGUUCCACAACCAGCAUUGCCGCGCAGCAUUUCCUGGAUAUCAGUGUUGGGUAUGACUUCCGUGCAAUGUGGGACAUUGACUUUCUACGCGUGGCCGAGGAUCUGGGCGGUCUGCUUGACGAGGAGAGCGCGGACCGGAUGAUGGUGGUUCUCUUAAUGCCCAUCAAGCCGCAAGGCGUGGACACUGCCGUGGCGCAGUAUCAGCGUGCAUUGAACAGCGCUAGUAGUCAUCAACAGCGGAGCAUGCUCUUUGCCACGCUGCACUACUGGAAGACCAAAUCUCUCCAGCCCUGCUUUGGUGUCGACAUCUUCGAAGCAGUCAACGAGGACUUGCCCGGAGUGGCGGCGCGCUGUAGAGCAGUAUUGGGGUUGGAGGUGACGUCCAGGACAGACUUGCGGUACCUGACCCAGCUAACACCACCACCCACUGCGGGUGUAGCUACUGCACAGGGCUCACAACACUGGGGCAGCAGCAGCAACGCAACCGCUAGCACGGCCGCUACUCUGCGCAACGCCAGCGAAAGCAGCGCAAGUCCGCAUCUGCCACCUCCAUCGUCACGGCAACCACGACCACGACCCGGGUCUUGCCUGAACAUCGCCGACGUCAAUACACAACUGCAGGCUGCGAUGAACUGUAUAGGACUGCUGGACCGCGUCUGUCAGGGUGAGCGCUCCGGCUGGGUGCAGCACCCUUGUCUGUGGGACGGAGGUAACCCGGGGAACCAGCGUUUAACGCACACACUGCAGCAGCUGGUUGACUGCAGCCAGACCCUGCUAAGUCACAUGACCUGCAACCAGCAGGCUCAGAGAUACCAUGAUGAAGUGCAGGCGGCCCAGGGCAGUGGUGGUGGUGGCGCGGGCGUUGGUCAGAGACCUGGGCUGGACGGCAGCCAACCACUGCCUCCACCGUACGCGUUUCACGCGCAGCCGGAAAGCGUUCACGGUGGAAUAGUUAGCGGCGUGGCUCAGCCGGAGACACGGCGAUACGGUAUGGGAGAGGCCAGUCGAGCUGCUUCGGCCUACGCGAACACGGCAACUGGCGGAGGUCAGCGAGAGCAUGCCGCCGCCACCACCACCACUGCUGGACCUGAGCAACGCUACUCACAACGGGCGCCAGCAGCAUCGGCGAGACACGACACUGAUAUCACGGUACGAGGCCUCACGGAGAGCGUUCAGCACAUGGACUUCAGCAGCCACAGCCCGUCGCCGCACCAACGGCCACCACCGGUGAACACGCAGGCACGAGCGGCGUCGGCUGACCCAGGUGAUGAUUCACUGUCAGACCUUGCGGUGAUGGGGGCGGCGGCGUUGGCGGCGCUGCCAGACUUUCAUGAGGACUUGCCGGACGCAGCGGUGACAUUACCGACGUGUGUCAAUGAUCCCAGCGUGACCAGUCGUGUUCUAAUCGGCCGCAAUGCAAUCAUACCGCAGAGCAUCGAGGGUCUGGACCGCGAGAGAAAGGAAUGCAUUCAGGGCCAUGGCGUAGACUUCCGACGAAUAAGUACGGGAGAGGUCAAGCAGAUUGCCGAGGACCUAGAGCAUCACCUGACCACCGACCAGCAGCACCAGCUAGCCAACACACUGAUGCGCCAGAUUAACAUCAGCACCGGCGCGGUGGACGUGAUCGAGGGCAAACGCGCGGGGGACUGCACUACUGACCAGCAUCGUGGAUGGUCGUUUCUGGCCGUGCUGCUGGACGUCUGGGGUCCCAAUGUGCUGGAUACGCAUGCCACCGGCAAGGUGGUAUUUCAAGCGGUACACGCGAUAUCAGAAGAGGCAGCCACCUACUGUGCAGCCGUACUCAAGUUCCCGCCGACAUCUUCGCCGACAUCUCGAACAUAGCCCGGUGCAUUGAGACUAGAUUGUGCUGGCAAACCAGAACCCUGGCGGAGGCAUGCGGAGGAGCAUCUCUAUCUGCAGACUAAGCGUGAAUAAGUGCGCUGACAAGCUGACCAAGCCCUUGUGGAAUCCCUGACCAUGCUGUUUUGGAAUCCCUGACCAAGCUAUGGUGGAAUUCCUGACCAAGCUGUUGUGUUGUGGAAUCCCUGACCAAGCUGUUGUGUUGUGGAAUCCCUGACCAAGCCAUUGUGGAAUCCCUGACCAAGCCGUUGUGGAAUCCCUGACCAAGCCGUUGUGGAAUCCCUGACCAAGCUGUUCUGGAUUUUGUACUGCCUGGUCAUUUGCGUCACACUGUGAUUGCUUCACAAGUCAGCUACCAUCACGUCGUCCAUGCAGGGCAUGGGUGUGGAUGUAAGCAGUCGUGCAUAGGCCCAGGACAUGAUACGCAUGACUACAAAGUAUGCACUGGCCUCCCGGGUGACCAUCACUAAGUCUGGGGUGCUCAUGCACUGGAGACUGUCUGUGGAUAGUAAUCAUGCAGUUGACCAGACUCCCUGUUCCCAACUUGAUUAGACUAGUCUGUAUCGUUUACUGAUGCAGCUCUUCGUUUUGACAACUUUUCACCUGUUUUUAAAAGCUUUUGUCAAUUCCAGUAUUUGUAAUUUAAACUAAUUUUAUUUUCCGCCUUGGGGCCCAUAGCAAGGAUGUUGAGUCUCUUGCAUCCUAGCCCUGGGUUUUUUUUUAAAUUCGACCCUCGCCGCGCCGCGCGCCUUCGUCAGCAUGACUAUUCUUGAUGCUCGCACGUUCCUGUGUCCGUGUUGGAUGAGAGAGAAAAACGAUGUGUUCUUGAUGAGUAAACUGCUUUCCUGCCGAGCACCUUCCAAUUAUGAUGGCGUCUGAAGUCAUCGAUAUCUCGCUUGAUGUAUCAUUUUAUGAAUCACUGAGUCUGUACACAGCCGAGUAUACGUGCGUGCAUGCAUGCAUGUUAGCAAAUCUAUAGGAGUACAUAUUUUACAUAUUUUACAGAUCUUGGCAAAGUUUUCUUUCUAUGCCAUUACACAUUGCGGCCUCUCUCUCUCUAUUUAGCUAACCUUGUUUUUUUAGAUAAAGAAGAUUCCGUACCUUG